GUUGUGGUGACACCAACUGCCUGAGCGAUUUCCGUUCAUUUCCUAAUGGGUUCCGGAGGAGGCAUGUUCUCCAGGAUCCUCAGUCUCUUUUGGAUGGACAAUCAUAUCCAUGCAGAGACCAGACCAAGGCAGAGGGAGGCCAGCCUUCUAUCACGUUGGAGAACAAGACGAAUGGAAAGGUCCUUGAGGAGGUCACAGUCUGAUCAGAAGGCAUCAUCCCAACCCUCCACGACACCUGUUGAGGAGGAGAGAAUGAAGCGUUUGGAGAACCUCAAAAUUGCCCUCCACAAGAUGCAAAAGGAGAGAGAUGAACUCAGGAGAAUCCUGGCGGAUUACCCAGGAAAGAAUUUAAAUGACAGGAACAAGUUUGAGUCCGAGAUGCUCAUGAUGCAGCACGAGGAAGUGAUGACUGACAUGAAGAAAAUGAGCGAGCAGAUCAAUACCGCUUUGGUCAAAUGUAAAAACCUUACACUGGAAAAUGACUGGUACUGGUGAGUAACUUACAACGUUGUGACCCCAGCACUAGGCAAGCAUAUGUCAGCCCAUUCUUAUCUUUGAAAUAAAGUGAGGAUCAGGCUUUAUAGUGUUUGAAGCAGACCAGGAAGCCUGUCUCUAAGGAAGGCUCUAAGACAUACAGGACACAGAAAUAUUGGCCUCCAAGGGACAUUCUAAUAAAAAGGACAUAUAAGCACACAUAAUGAUUAAGUCCUCUUCUGGGAAAAACUUGAAUCAAUGGUGUCAGGUUUUGAGAAGUGCCCUGAGUCUUCUGGAAUGUUGCUCUUUUCUCCAUUUGACCUGUCUCUAGGUUAUGCUCCAUGGCUACUGUGGACGUGGACUAUAAUCUGGGACUCUCUUCAGAUCAGGAUCCUAGAAGGAGGAAUGGACUUGGAGAAGUGGGAGGAAGUUGGAGACUGGCUGGGAUUCACCAUUUUUUCUUAGUGUCUCAGCCGCAGCUUCUGCCCCCUCCUAACUGAGUGUUUUGAGCUGAAGAACAAUGCCCAGAGAGCAUGGAAUGAGUACAAAGGGCUUCUAAGGGAUCAGAUUGCACUGGAAGAAUCCAUUAAGGAAACAACAAGGUUCUGUGGGGAGCCAGUAUGAAAAUCCAUGUAACAAGCAGCCUCAGGUCUGAACACUCCAGCAGGCGCUUGCCCAUGGCCCAGACCAGGACUACAGCUCUCAGAGACAGACCUGUCCACCAGGAGCACUGAGGGAGCAAAGAUUGACAACUCCUCCCACAUCUCAGUCCUUGUAACCGUUCCAAUCUUGGGCUGCAUUUGAAAGACCUUGAGAUGUGGCAUGGAACAUGCCUCACGUUUAACCCUUUGACGACUUGUCCAUCAACAACCAACCACCCCAAAUGAGGCGUCUACAUUCCUCUUGAAGAGAUUUUACCAUCUUACCUGCCGUUCUGCUGUGUUUCCAAGGCCAGCAACAGGCUGGAGUUAUAUGUUGAAAAAUCAGCAGGAAUUGAAUGCUGACUAAUUUACUUGUUAUAUUUGGUUUUUAGUUUGAAGUUUGGUUUUAUGCAUUUGGUUUUAUUUGUUUAAGUUUGAAGUUUUGUUAUUCAUUUGUUAACUUUAGUGUAUUUAGUUAAUAUUAAUUAAUCAAUAUUCCUAAGGCUACAUACAUUGAACUCAUUGACUCCCCAAUUUAAAAUGUUCUUGAAUAAAUUAAUGUUUGUCUAUAAAUAAAAAUGUGACCUUUAACCCUUCACUCACAAGA